CGGCGGCGGCAGCGGCAUCCUUUGCCCAUGAGGGCCUGAUGGAAAACACAAAGGACCUGUUCUGGUGUGAAAUGAGAAUAUACCACAGAAAAGCUCCACAGUUUUCUGAAGAGAAAAUGACUGAACAUUCUUCAAGAUCUGAAAGGAAGAGACGUGAUUCGUUCGGGAUGUUUGAUGGUUAUGAUAGCUGUAGUGAGGAUACCAGUAGUAGCUCAAGCUCUGAUGAGAGUGAAGAGGAAGUUGCACCCUUACCCUCAAACCUCCCAAUUAUCAAGAACAAUGGACAGGUCUACACAUAUCCAGAUGGCAAAUCUGGCAUGGCUACCUGUGAAAUGUGCGGGAUGGUUGGUGUCAGAGAUGCCUUUUACUCUAAAACCAAGCGCUUCUGCAGUGUUUCCUGCUCAAGAAGUUACUCAUCGAACUCUAAGAAGGCCAGCAUUCUGGCCAGACUUCAGGUAACGGGAAAACCUCCAACAAAGAAGGCUAAAGUGCUACAAAAACAACCUUUAGUUGCUAAAUUAGCUGCAUAUGCCCAAUACCAAGCAACGGUACAGAACCAAUCAAAGACGAAAACAGCAUCUGUUCCAGUGGAAGGCUUCAGUUGGGGCAACUACAUCAAUAGCAAUAGUUUCACUGCCGCUCCUGUUAAUUGUUUUAAGCAUGCACCUAUGGGGACUUGCUGGGGUGACAUCUCAGAAGGUGUACGUGUAGAAGUCCCUAACACAGACUGCAGCCUACCUACCAAAGUCUUCUGGAUUGCUGGGAUUGUAAAAUUAGCAGGUUACAGUGCUUUACUAAGAUAUGAAGGCUUUGAAAGCGAUUCAAGUCUCGACUUCUGGUGUAACAUCUGUGGUCUUGAUAUCCAUCCGGUUGGUUGGUGUGCAACAAGUGGGAAGCCUCUAGUGCCGCCUCGAUCCAUUCAACACAAAUACACAAACUGGAAAGCUUUUCUGGUGAAACGACUCACUGGUGCCAAAACUCUUCCUCCUGACUUCUCUCAGAAGGUGUCAGAAAGCAUGCAGUAUCCCUUUAAGCCUUCUAUGAGAGUAGAAGUUGUUGAUAAAACUCAUCUCUGCCGAACACGGGUAGCAAUUGUAGACAGCGUAAUUGGAGGCAGGUUAAGAUUGGUAUAUGAAGAAAGUGAAGACAAAACAGAUGACUUCUGGUGCCAUAUGUACAGCCCACUCAUACAUCCCAUUGGUUGGUCUCGGAGUAUAGGACAUCGGUUCAAAAGAUCUGAUAUUGCCAAGAAGCAGGACUCUUAUUUUGAUGCACCCCCACAUUUAUUUGCUAAGGUAAAGGAAGCCGAGUCAAGUGGAGAAUGGUUCAAGGAGGGGAUGAAAUUGGAAGCCAUAGAUCCAUUAAACCUUUCUGCAAUAUGCGUGGCAACAAUUAGAAAGGUAUUAGCAGAUGGAUAUCUUAUGAUUGGGAUCGAUGGCUCUGAGGCAGCAGAUGGGUCUGACUGGUUUUGUUACCAUGCCACCUCCCCUUCUAUAUUCCCCGUUGGUUUCUGUGAAAUUAACAUGAUUGAACUAACUCCACCCCGAGGUUAUGCAAAACUACCUUUCAAAUGGUUUGACUACCUCAGGGAAACGGGUUCAGUAGCAGCCCCUGUGAAGUUCUUUAACAAGGAAGUUCCAAACCAUGGGUUUCAUGUUUCAAUGAAGCUGGAGGCUGUGGACCUCAUGGAACCUCGUCUAGUAUGUGUGGCUACAGUAACUCGUAUUAUUCACCGUCUGUUGAGGAUACAUUUUGACGGCUGGGAAGACGAAUAUGAUCAGUGGGUGGAUUGUGAAUCUCCUGACCUCUACCCUGUAGGAUGGUGUCAGCUAACGGGUUACCAACUACAGCCUCCUGCGUCACAAUCAUCAAGAGAUGGUCAGUCAAGCUCGUCAAAGCAGAAGAAAAAGUCAAAGUCACAACAAUACAAAGGACACAAGAAAAAGAGGAAGAUACCAGUUGGGAAGAAGCCUGUCAGUUUGUCGAGCGUCCCCAUGACAGGUGGGGUGCGGAGGAGCUUCUCUGGUGAUGAAGAGUUGACUCCUCCUCAGUAUCGAACCCUUCCAGCACAGACAGCCCCGGAGGCCUGCCAGCCUCCCAGGACUAGCAGAGAGUUCAGUCCCAGCCUCAAAACAGUCUCCUCACUGCAGCUGAAGGAGGAGUUGCUAGAUGGAGAGGAAUACAACUUUCUUCAAGGAGCAUCUGACCAGGAAAGCAAUGGGUCAGCCAGCCACUACAUCAAACAAGAACCCUAAGGGCAGAGCAGGGCAGGAUGGUACAAAAAGAGCCUUUCUUCAAGACUGAUGUUCCCAUUCUGAAGAUACAGUUUGAUGGCUUCUACUAAGGGCACUUUGCUAACUGCAGAUAAGAUUUCAAUUCAGAAUUUUUGGAGGAUGAGGAAACUAUUUUAGUGAAAAAGAUUUUUCAAUUUAUUAAAAAAUAAUUGACACUUGUGUUGUAUUUGAAGCUUUUAAAAGAAUUUUUGUAAUAUUUUCGAGUUCAGAUUUAUUGUGCAUUGUUAAAAAAAUGAGAUUCUAAUUUUUUGGUAAGAAUUAAAAGCUUAAUUAUAGCAGGAUUGCAGGAAACCCUUUGAAGAAGAUGAGGUGGUAGUAUUUAGUUGAAGAAAAAAAAGCAAAUGAACUGUUUGUAACAAGUGAGCCUUCUGGUACAAGCUGGGAGAUUCUGAAUUUCAAACUACACUAGUCAUACCCUGUCUUUUCCAUGGUGAAAUCAUGGGAUUCUGAUCUUAGGGGUGGUGAAGACAUACCAAAAUAGGUUGGAAGAAUGGAGUCUGGAAAGGGUUCCUCCUGGAAGUGGCAACAUAAUUUUCAAGAGUUUGGGCUUAAAUUUUUGGAGAACGAAGCUGAGGUCCAAGCUUUUUGGAGGCCAUUGGGUUUGGGCCGGAUACUGCUGCAUUGUGGUUUCCUGUUCACAUUUUAAAAUGUCGAGAUAUUCAUAGAAAUGAUCAGCAAAGCUUCAGCACGUUUCGGCUGGAGAGGUUACAAAAUGGACAUGAGUUUGUGACUUUUUUUUUCUUGUGUAAGGAAAACGAGGCAGACGCAAAAGGCCCUUUUCUACAGAAACUUUGUGACAGGCCUGCUUUCCAUCCGGGUGGAAGACACAGCUGAGGCAAAUAGAAGAGGACAUGUCAUUUUGCUUUCCCUACCCAUUUGGAAGAGCUUUUGGGUUAUGAAUUGAACUGGCUCGCCUAAGGAUGACAUGGCCCUGCUUUUAGGCCUCAUGCUUGGCCGCGGACACCAUUUUCAAGCAAAAGGUUUUCAAGAACACGUAAUGACUGAUGUGGCAAGAAUGCUGAAGAACCUGGAAUCUUUCCUCCGAGAGUUGAAUCUGUGUGGAUAUUCGCAGAUGGCUUCAUUCUCAGAACUAACAUGCUGACAUUGCCACACUGUGGUGUUGUGACAGGAUGAUGAUGCGUGUCAAGAGUUUUGCUUUUACCAGUAAGGUUCAUUAACUAAACUCUCAGGAAUUAACUGCUUAUGUUCUGUAACUGCUUCUGGGUCAUUGCAGGUCCUCUUUAGAGCAGUAUAAAUGUCAAAUUCUUGACUCUAGGGUAGGACUUAGAAGAAAGUAAUCCUAUAGAUUAACCUCUACACACUUUAAGCCUAAUGCUUUACAUUGGCAACUUGCAAAGCCCCAGAGAUGAUUUUUUGGCAUAUGUUUUGAAUUUUUAAAAACGCAUAGAAAGUUGAAAACCAGCAAUUUUGAUUCUUUUCUUAAUUAACUUGCUCUAUUGUUGGGUACAUACCAUUGGUGAUAUGCAAAGGUUUACCACAUUCUAUGCAAGAGGGGAUAAUGGUAUAAAAUUUUGUAACUACUGGAAGUACAUUUUUUCUGUAUAGUAUAGGAAUGUAUGAGAACACUUUCUAGGCUUCCCCCCCCUCCCCCUAUAGCUGGGCCAUUUUUGACUGCUUCAUGUAUACAUAUUUUUAAACUGAUUAUCAGGUGUCAAAUACUUGUGAAUUUUAGGUGAUAAUUAGAUAUUCUCUGUCUCUAAAAAGAUUUUGGUUUAACGGAGCUGCCUUCAUUUUCUUUUCCUUGGGUAAAAUGGCCGCCCGCUUCCACAAAUACUGCAUUGCAGCUGUUUUUGAAACUUCUCCAGUUUGUAAACCAGCUUCUAAUGUGGCCAGAGAGGGCCACUUUGGAGGGAGGGCAGCAAAACACAGCAUUGUGUGUACACACCCACAAAGGGGUUCACUAGAUUUCAACCAAUAUUUUGAAAAGUCACCAUACAAACGGACCUAAGAAAUCCUCCUCCCUCCCUCACUCCCUGUAUUUUUGUUAAUCCUUAAACCAGUGCCUCUCAAAACCAAGGAUGAUCCAUGCCAUCAGGCCAGUUGAUAGAGUGAUCUAAAAGUCAGAGACUCCAGAGAGAAUUGGAAUCAAUUUUUUCCCCAUUUUAAGGUGUAGUUCUGUUAGCCUUGCUCACACCUAAUAAAGGCAGUAUACUCUCUCUGCAGGACUGGCAUAGUCAAGAUUGUUCAGAGCCUGUAUUUUCAUAGGGUCUGACUUGGAAAGAUUUAGAGUAGCCCUUGUACAAGUAUUUCUUCUGAUUUCAGUAGGGACCACUUGCAUAAUACUGCUUAAUAUAUAAAAAAAGAUAACAGGAGAAGGCCUAGACUAGUGUCCUCUGUCAAGAGGAGAGGAAAGCCAGAAAGAGAGCUUAGAUUUGCUUAUAAAUUGGGUCCUGUAUGGUCAUAAAAUCCAAUCUUGAGCUUCACCCAACACAACAUACCCUUUAGGUGGAAUUGCCCCUUUUACCUGACAGAAAUUCCGUAUCUAACAACUAUAUAACGGGCAGAAGUUCAGAAGGUACAGCUUUCUUCAUCACUGCACAUUUAAUGCUUUGAACACUGAACCUGCUGGAUUUCUGCUAGUCAUGCAGUCUGUCAGGAUCAAAGGUGGAAAUCCUCCUCUUACCUCUGUUGAAUACGGCAGCUCCUGGAACAUCCAUAGCCACAUUUGAUCCUUACCACAUCAAGCUGAAAUAGUCCCAGGGACCUGUUGGACCUUGUCAGACCUAGAACCAUGCUACAAGGGUGAUCAUCUUGAUUAGUGCUACGUUGCUAGUCUUUGGGUUUCUGGAGGUAGAUCUGCAUACAUGUUAAGUUGGUACCACUGCCAAUCUAAUCCACCCCAAUUUCUGCCUGUAGGCAGAAUACCACAUCCCAAUACAUAACGUGUGUAUGGUAGACUUCUGAUUUGCGGAAACACCUAUUAUUAAAAUUGCUUCAUGAUUCCCUUGUUCCAUCUUAGUUCCCUGGGGUUAUUACUUCCUUCGCUUUGUUUAUUCAGUGUUGAUUCUAAGCAACAUUUGUCUGUGGCCUCUUAAUACAGAUGACUGGGUGGCAGUGAGCUUUCUUAGUACUGGGUUUAAUUGCUUUGGUAUGCAUGCUUUUUUUUUUGGUAUAAUUUAGCUCGAAGAACAUUCUCUUUAUUUUACUGUGAACUAAUUAACACAAAAUUGGGAUGGUGUGGGGGAGGGGGGAAGAGUUGGUCAGGGAUUUGAUGCCUGUACUGAUGCAAAGGGUCAGCUAUUUUCAGUAUUUGGCGCACAUUUUUUUAAUAUAUAAACAAGAAGGCACCACAGACAAGGUCAAGUUGCAUUGUAAGUGCUCCUUCUUUUUACAGCCGACCCUGUUUUGUUUUAAAUUUCCUUGCUGAAUCUGACAAAAGCAAAAGCAGUUAUCAGUUUCUUGUUCUAUUGAUACUAACACGGGUUUCAGUGUUUGUUCGUUUUUAUUGUCGUCAUUUUUAUGUGAUGUGAACACCUUCUCCCAUCAAUAUUUGUAUUAUGGUGCUAAUAUAUUUGGUAACAAUCCUUUAUUGGAAAGGGAUUAAAACUGUGAUUAAAUUGAUUUUUUUUCUUUUUAAUUUUCAUAUUUAAGUCAAGUCUCAGCCAUUUAUAAAAAAGAAGAAGAAAAAGCAUCAACUUUUGCCCUGGAAAAACCAUCAGGGCAGAAGUUAAAAAAAAAAAUGUUGAAUAGGGUUUUUACAUCAUUUCUGUAUGUAUUUGAUAUAGAUCAAUAUCUGUAUAAAUUUAAUCUUUUAUUUUCUGGUAACUUGUGUGGUCAAAUGGGAGCGUUUUAAAACCUCUAAUGAAAUGUAUAUAACUCAGUGAAAAUGCUUUUGAUGAAAUUAAUGUUACUUUCAUUUUUACCAGACUGCAAAUUUUCAAGCAUGGAUGUGAAAAAAAGCAUUAAAAAUUAUAACUUUGUGUACAAGAUGAAAAUAAUUCACUAAAUUUGCCUUUUUUACACAAAAUAAAAAUGUUAAAAGUAAA